GGAGCCCCGCGACCGGAGGGCCCGGCCCGGCCGCGAUGGAGCCCCGUGGUGGUGCCUGGCAGACGUCGAACGCAGAGAACCUCCCCCCCCACAUCCUGCGCCUGCUCUGCCGGGAGCUCUCCCUGCUCAGCGCCGACCCCCCCGCGGGCAUCAAGCUCUGCCCCAACGACGAGGACGUCACCGACGUGCAGGUCACCAUCGAGGGGCCCGAGGGCACCCCGUACGCGGGGGGGCUCUUCCGGAUGAAGCUGGUGCUGGGCAAGGAAUUCCCGGCGGCUCCUCCCAAGGGAUUCUUCCUGACCAAGAUCUUUCAUCCCAACGUGGGGCCGGGGGGCGAGAUCUGCGUCAACGUGCUCCGGAGGGACUGGAGGGCCGAGCUGGGGCUGCGCCACGUCCUGCUGACCAUCAAGUGCCUCCUGAUCCACCCGAACCCGGAGUCCGCCCUCAACGAGGAGGCCGGGAGGCUCCUGCUGGAGAACUACGAGGAGUACGCGGCCCGCGCCCGCCUCCUGACCGAGAUCCACGCUCGGGGCCCCCCCCGAGCCCCCCGGACGCCCCCUCCACCUCCGGCCCCACCCCACAACUACCGACCCCCCCCGCCCCCCCCCGACGGGCCCCAGCCCAAGAAACACGCUGGGGACCGGGACAAGAAACCCGCCCCCCCCAAGAAGAAAGUGGACAAGAAACGGGCCCUAAGGAGGCUUUAAAGGGGGGGGGGGGAGCACCCCAAAUACCCCCCCCAAUG